CAAACUCUCUUAUCUUUCUCUUUCAGAUAUGAAUGAUGGACUUGAUCUAUGUAUAAAGCAUCUUACUAGAAUUCGAAUUAGUCAUAAUACAACAUGUAUUUAUCUUUCACAAAGUCCUCACUUGCUCAUGAAACUUGCUUUCGUACUAGAGAAAGUUGAAAUGAGCCAGUUGCAGGACCGGAGUGUUGCGGCUUUGAUUCAAAUAUUGGACGUUUUACUACCGAACAAACUAAAGUCAUUUUCAUUGUCAAACUGUAAAGUUGAACAUACGGAAAAUCUGAAAACACUUUUAAAAGCUCUUGCUAAAUCACAAUCACUAGAGACACAUAGAAGCCUUCUUGUUGAUAAGAAUGAUCCCACGGUCGUAAGCGACUGUGGUGCGUGCUUUAGUGGAAACCAAAAGUCUCAUUUAAACCAGAGUGAAAUGAUUAGCAAUGACGCUACAGGCGGUUUCUAUUCUGGAACGGAAAUCAUUAAUGACAAUCAAGAAAACCAUACGCCAAGCAACACAGCCCAAAGUACUGAAGACAAUUUGUAUGAUGAGGGUGUUUUCUUAAGACAGUCUUCACUAUCUGACACCUGUCAAGAAAUCCCUUAUGUGAACACGAUCACGAUGGCAAGUUCCUCUUCAAUGCGAACGUCAAAAGAAGUUCUACGUAAACGUGAAAUAACAUUGAAUCAACUUCGCCCAAAUUGUUUGACUGAUCUCAAACUCUCUUCUUGUCUAAUGGAUAGCAAAAGUUUGAGAGUGUUCUCCGAAGAAUUGGUUCACUUUGUUAGCUUACUUUCUCUUGAAUUGUGUGAUAUUGGAUUACGUUUCGUUCCUGAAAUGAACAAGGUUCUCACCAGCGUUAAUGAACUUGUAAUCAAUGGAUCGUUACGUUAUCUUGUUUUUGAGAAUGAAUCCCUAAGUUGGCAAAUGGAGAUGUUUUGCGAUAUGCUCAUGUCGUCUUGCGAGAACUGUCGAUCAACAGAAACACAUAAAGGAUUGUGGUCAUUACGUUUGGUAGGUGGCUUCAUUUUUAACAUUGGUAGCUUUGGAAAGAUGCUGGAAACUUGUUCAUUCUGUGAAGAACGAGGCUUUGCUCAUAAAAAUAGUGAAAUUUUGUUGAUGGAAGAUAGACUCCAUUCUUUAAUAGACCAGUGUGCAGACAUGGUUCUUCCACUUUAUCCGGGAUGCUCGCCGCUUGUAGGCCACAGAGAGAAGAAUGAACAGGCUAUAUCUCUAAGUUCAAGACGUCAAUAUAUAACAAGUGGCAUUGAAAGUUUAUAUUUGAGCUUUCACGAUAUUAGUGGUACCAGUGGAAAGGAACUCGCCAACUCACUGUUACACAACCGUAGUUUACGAAAUAUCUCAUUACCUUCGUGUGGUCUGAAAACAGACGAUAUCUCCUGUAUAUUUGACUCCAUUGCAGGUAAUGAGGUGGUCAGAAAAUUGGAGUUACGAAAUAAUCUUUUUGAUAUGAAUCAAAGUUACAGUUUGUGUAAAUUUAUUGCAAUGACUCAUUUGGUACAUUUGGAUUUAUCUUAUUGUAGCCUAGAAGUUAUUCCUGAUGCCGUGGUAGUGUUACUGUCGUCAAACAAAACCCUACAAGUAUUGCUGUUGGCUGGAAACAGAUUGGGUGAUGCAGGUGUAUUUCAACUAAGCGACGUCUUCAUAAAUGGCGGGACUUCAGUAUUGAACACUCUUGAUUUAAGUUGUAAUAAGCUGACAACCUGCUCACUUCUUCAUUUCGGAAAUGUCUUGUCAACAGAAUGGCCAACCAAACUUCGUAAAAUUUCUAUUUGUGAAAAUCCACUGGUAAACGUUUCGACUGUCAGAGAAUGUUUGAAUAAAGUCUUCGAUGUUGUAAUAAUGGAGCCUGUUGUUGAUGGCGCUAUGGCAUACGCGGAUUAUCUCAGCGAGAUGUGACUGCCCUGUCUUUGAGGAGUAAUAUUGUGUACAAGAUUUCCCGUGAAUAGCAAGGCGUGCUCAGUCUUUUGACUAUCAACAUUUUUAGAACUUGCAACAGCAACCAACCAAUAUCGUAUGUUUAGUCUCAUAGAGCUGCAUGAUAGUUGUGACGACUGGCUUUGUCAGAGUCGUCAGGCAUAUGCGCAGUAAAUGACUUUACCAAAACGAAAACGAGGUUAAAUACACAUUUAUCGGUCAAAAUAGAAAAAUAUUUUUCAAGUUCAAGCAUGUGUUAAAGGUUUAGGGGUUAGUAUAAUAAGUUCACAAAUUGACAAGUAA